CCUGCCUGGCAUUGGUCACUGCUCAGUUUCUUCACUAUGGUGGUCCCCAAUGGCAAUGAAUCUAGUGCCACAUAUUUCAUCCUAAUAGGCCUCCCGGGCUUGGAAGAGGCUCAGUUCUGGUUGGCCUUUCCGUUGUGCAGCCUCUACCUUAUUGCUGUGCUAGGUAACUUGACCAUCAUCUACAUCGUACGGACCGAGCACAGCCUACAUGAGCCCAUGUAUAUCUUUCUUUGCAUGCUUUCUGGCCUUGACAUCCUCAUCUCCACCUCAUCCAUGCCCAAAAUGAUGGACAUCUUCUGGUUCAAUUCCACUACCAUCCAGUUCGAUGCUUGUCUGGUACAGAUGUUUGCCAUCCACUCCUUAUCGGGCAUGGAGUCCACAGUGCUGCUGGCCAUGGCCUUUGACCGCUAUGUGGCCAUCUGCCAUCCACUACGCCAUGCCACUGUGCUUACAUUGCCUCGUGUUGCCAAGAUUGGCAUGGCUGCUGUGGUACGGGGUGCUGCACUAAUGGCACCCCUACCUGUCUUUAUCAAACAGCUGCCCUUCUGCCACUCCAACAAACUUUCCCAUUCCUACUGCCUACACCAGGAUGUCAUGAAGCUGGCCUGUGCUGAUAUCAGUGUCAAUGUCAUCUAUGGCCUCAUUGUCAUCAUCUCUGCCAUUGGCUUGGAUUCACUUCUCAUCUCAUUCUCAUAUCUGCUUAUCCUUAAGACUGUGUUGGGCUUGACACGUGAAGCCCAGGCAAAGGCAUUUAGCACAUGUGUCUCUCAUGUGUGUGCUGUUUUCAUCUUCUAUGUGCCUUUCAUCGGAUUGUCUAUGGUGCACCGUUUUAGCAAGCGGCGUGACUCUCUCCUGCCCGUCAUCAUGGCCAACAUCUACCUGCUGGUCCCUCCUGUGCUCAACCCCAUUGUGUAUGGAGUGAAGACAAAGCAGAUCCGACAGCGCAUCCUUCGUCUUCUCCAUGUGAACAUGCAUACUUCAGAUCCCUAGGAGUCAGUGAUCACAUUUUUUUUUUCAUUCAAAAUCCUCCAAUUCUGAUUUUAAUAGAAAUAGUUUGAAAGACAGUAUUAAGGAAAAAGAU